AUGACAGGUAACGCCAACUGCGCCAAAUUUGAGCGUGUUCGUCUCGGUACGGUGAAAGAGUUCGAUGAUGGCGAGAUGCAUGAGGCACAAGUUCACGGAGGGCCCUGCUACUCUGCUAUACCUACUUACAAGGUUGAAGUUGAUGGUGACUCAUUAUACGCUUACCUGCCGCCGGCACCGAUGUCGGAUGAAGUGGAGAUGCCCCGUAAAAAAAUUAGUGGAAAAGACAACCGUGUGUUUGUAAUAUGUGGUGGUGGAGCUGCCGCUCACGCAGCUGCGGAGACGUUACGUCUUGAAGGUUUCGGUGGACGGAUCCUUAUCUUUGGAGAUGAGGUCCAUUUGCCUUACUACCGUCCUCACCUUACUAAACGUAUAGAAACGAAGAGCUAUGAUCAGGUGGCAGCUGAGCAGGCUCUUCGUCCACCGUUGUGGUACCGUGCCAACCAGGUAGAGUACUAUGGCGGUAAGAAGGUGACCGAGGUCAAUCACGACGUCAACACUAUAACACUGGAAGAUGGUUCAACCGUCAAAUAUGACAAGGUACUGGUCGCAACUGGCUCCGAGGCUGUGAAGUUACCGAUGGGCAGGGGAUUGGGUCCGCUUUCUAACCUCUUUACUCUUCGUACAGCCGAUGAUUUAGGCGAAGUAGUUAAGCAUAUUAAGCCGAAUACAAGGGUUGUCCUUGUGGGUGCGAACUUCAUCGGUUGUGAAAUGGCGUCUUCACUAACAAACAAGAAGGCCAAGGUUACCGUCGUGACGGACAUGGAGGUGCCAAUGAACAACAUCGUCGGUACCCGUGGAGGCGCAGCCCUUAAAAGUCUCUUGGAGAAAAACGGUGUGACUGUCAUUACCGGUAGUCCUGUGAAGAGCUACAAUGCUAAGGGCGGUCGCGUAACUCAGGUUGUCACAGCCAAAGGUGUUGUGGAUGCUGAUGUUGUUAUUGAGGGUGUUGGAGCACGUGUGACCGUGAAUUUGUUGAAGUGCGCUCAGAAAAACCGUGACGGUACCGUAACGGUUGACGCAUCUAUGCGUUGUAAGGGAUGUCCCGAUAAUGUCUUUGCAGCUGGUGACAUUGUGACAUAUCCCUAUCACCUUGACGGUACGUGA